CAUCUUGAUCACAAGUAUAAUCCAUUGUCUCUCCUUUUCGAAGUGUGUAGCGUAGAAGUUGUGCAAAGGGUAAGGAUCAAAGAAACUCGAAGCCUCUUUCUAAAAAGUCCAGCUAUAUUUCUGAAAGAUGUUCGAGAAAAUUCUAUCCGCUUCACUCAAUGUUCGAAGUUUCCUGGUCCGUCUUCUAUAUUCAGAAGGUAUAUUUCUUCUGACACCAAAUUAUCUUCUGGAUAUGAAUCGUCGUCUAACGAACCUGGAGUCGCAUCCUCUUCUGAAAGCGAAAACGGUAUUCGUAAAUUCCCACACUGGGGCCAAAGUGUUGAAAGAAUAUAUCUUAUACGAUAUCGACAGAUGGGGGAUGAUUAUCUCAAUUACAGAAUAACUCAAUAG